GCCUCAGUGAAUGAAGCAUCUUUGUCAACUAAGCCCUCAAGGCCCCCCUUUACUUCACUAGGCUUUGCCAUCUGUUCCAUCUUCAUUCCUUGUUCUCCGACAAUUGAAGCAUCUUACAAGUCGAGCUCGCUCUAUCAGUACAGCAGAAGCUGUUACUAGAUCUUUUUAAGAUCAUUUUCUUUCACCAUCUUUCUUUCUUUCUCGGUGCAAUAUGGGAUUGAAUUUGUUACCUUACUUUCCUAUAUGAGUAUCUUUGCUGCACGGCCUCAGAAGGAGAUGCCCGGAAUUGGAGUCAAGAAGUCAAAUAACAUGCUAUAUUCUGGAACUAGCCUUGCCUCUGUUGAAUCCUUAACGUUGCCUCUUGUUCUGGAAAUUGAUCUUUCAGCAGAUAUUCGAUGUGCAGAAUGUCAAAGGAGACUGGCUGACAUCAUGUCAAGAACGAACGAGACAGAAUCUGUAUUGAUCAACGCAUUGGAAAAGAAGGUAACUCUCACUUGUAGGUAUCCUGGUAUGAUAGUAUCCACAGGACAAGUCGCCGCUGUGUACAGAAAUCCUCUAGGCAAAAUGGCAACGAUCAAGCGAAUUUUUCGUUCUUACUCCCGUUGAUGACAUGUAAAUGUUUCGACAGUGCACGCAAUUCUGUCAUCAAAAGAUCGUGACCGCGUGAAUUAGCCAUGUAUAUAAUUGCAAUAUUUAGUUGAGAAACUGAAAUAGAAUAUCAGAUACUUCGUACAAGCACGCUUGAAGCUGUAAGGGAAACAGAUAGGAAAGGCAGAUCAUUUUGAAGAACAUUAAAAUUCUGAGUUUUCGUUAGAUAUGUGCAGAGCUUGAUUCCCAAUUUGAAGGAAAAGAGUACUUUUCUAGGAGAGAGUUAAACAAUUA